AUGGGAACUAUGGGUAGCUUUGCGCAAAGUCUUGGAGGCUCCCAACCAGCGACGCCUUUAGAUCUCUCCGAGUUUCCCUCUCUUUCGGGCGCACCGCUGCAGUCACAAUCUCAGAACCCUGGGCAACAGGUCUGGGCCAAUGCUAGUCAACGCGCGGCCCAACACACACCAGUUCAGAGGCAGCAGCUCCCGCCGACGUCACAGCCCCCUUCUCGGACUUCCCAAACACCGUCGCAUCCUGUGCAGCAACCGCCUCAACCUCCUCACGAUGACAUGUUUCCUUCCGGGACGCAAUUCGCCAAUCGACUCGACGAUUUCAGAAAUGGUGGACAAGGGAUCAGUAGCCAGCUCGGAGCCGGCAGCCAGCCUCAAACAGGUAACAUUGACGAGUUCCCUCCUUUGGGCCGAAAUGCUGCUGCUGAGAUGGCUCAAGAUCGCCGAAGCUCAUUGAUGGCCGCCCCGGGUUUUGGAGGAUACGGCACUGGCAUUGGAACAUCUCGAUCGCCGGUCAAUCAAGGGUCUAACGGGAUUUUGGGACCAGAGAAGGAUGACUUAAACAACACCCUCAUGUCAAGCCAACGCAACUUCAGCGACCCGCAACAACAAUUGCAACAAAGACAGCAACAGGCAAAUGAGGGUCAGGAAGUUUCCGACGCGCCUCAAAGUGCAGAGCAGCCGCCUCUAGCACAGAUGAGCGAGCUGGAUCGCUUCGGACUAGCUGGCCUCUUGCGCAUGAUCCAUAGCGAGAGCCCCGAUGUGGCCAGUCUCGCAGUUGGUCAGGAUUUGAUGACCCUUGGCCUAGAUUUGAAUCAGCCUGAGCCCCUCCACACCUCCUUUGCCUCGCCAUUCGUAUCUUCCAUGUCCGCCGUCCCCUUGGAACAAGAUUUCUCAUUGCCAUCUUGCUACAAUGUCGCCAACAUCCAGCCCCUUCAGUCUCGAAUUCCCGGGUUCAGCGACGAAACCCUCUUCUACAUAUUCUAUAGUAUGCCCAGGGAUAUCGUCCAGGAGUUGGUCGCGGAAGAAUUGAUGGGUCGCAAGUGGCGGUAUCACAAACUUGAGCGUUGCUGGCUAACCCGCGAUGAAACAUAUCCCGGGCCUAUGGACGUGGAACGAGGAGUGAGCGAGCGCGGAGUCUACCUGCUCUGGGAUCCUGCAAGCUGGAAAAAGAUUCGGCGCGAGUUUAUCCUCCGGUACGAGGACUUGGACAACCGACUGGACCCCAACCGGGCCAUGAGCCGCCCAGCAGCGGUCGGCCCGGCCCACGCUUCAUGA